UCCAAUCAGAGUACAGAGAAGUGUUUCCUGGGGAUGACGGGGUUCUGGAGUAGACAAACUUGUGCAGCUGACUUCCAUAGGUGUAACAACGUGGGAGAGCAGGAGAGAGGGAAGUUGCUCCAGGACUUUUCCUGCCAAACAUGUCGGCCCCUGGAACGUUCCGCGGUUCAUUCAGUGGAAAAGGAGUGGGCAGCGCUGGUCAGACCACUGGGAGACUAUCCCACCACAAGAAUAACCCUGCUAGGAACAAGGAGAGAGCACAGCAGCAGAAAGUGCUAGGGAAGUCGCAGCUUCUGAGGACACCCGACCCCACAGCAGAAAUGAAUGAGGACACCGAUGACUCGGGAGACUCCAGCAGUGAACAUGACGAAGUUCAGCCAUUGUCUGCUCUGGGGAACUCCAGUACCGAGAGUGAGAGUGGGACUGACACAGACCAAGAAGAAGAAGACGACGAUGUGGACGGAAAUACAGGAAAAGAAUUGUCCACCAUGUCUUUUGAAGAACUGAUCCACCUACAGAGCAAGGUGGGGAAAAAACAAAUGUACAAAACUAUUCGAGCAUCUCGAGGGAAGAAGCCGGAGGGUGAGAGGGUGCGGCCCACCAACAAACAACCCCUGGAAAUAUCCUCCAAGAAACCCAUCCCUUUCCUGAGGAAGGUGGUCCCUGCCAAGAAGAUGAUGCGAAGGGACCCUCGAUUUGAUGACCUGUCUGGGGCAUACAAAGAAGAUGUGUUUGAGAAGACAUACAGCUUCCUGAAUGAUAUCAAGAAGAGAGAAAAACAGGUCGUGGAGAAGAAGCUUCAGAAGACUCGUAACCCAGACCUGAAGGAGAAACUUGAGCAACUACUACGCAGAAUGGAUCAGCAGGAGGAAGCCGCACAGAAAAAAAUUAAGCUAAGAGAGAAACAGCUGGAGUUCAAGAAACAGCAGAGAGAGCUGGCACAGCAAGGGAAGAAACCGUUUUAUCUGAAAAAAGGUGACAUCCGUAAAAUGGAACUUGCAGACAAAUAUCAAGAGUUGAAGAAAAAAGGAAAAUUGGAGCAUUUCUUGAGUAAGAAGAGAAAACGGAACUCCAAUAAAGAUCGUAGAAGACUCCCGAAUAAAUAAAUCCCAUGAUGGCAAUUAUGGUCACCAGUGAUGACAAUCUUUACCAUGGUGUAACAUCCCGAACCUUAAUUUCACUUUGGGCAGAGUUACCCUUUAAAAAUUCCUUGUGAUCUGGCGAGUCCCCCAAUUUCAGUAGCUGUCCACCUGGGUCGUCUACUUCUUGCUGAGUCGGGCCUGUGCAAGCCGUGGACAUGUAACUCUGCUGCCUGCAUGAGAGUGAGGCAUUAGGUGGCUCCUUAGAGCAGGAGGAAGUCUAGUCCCAGGUAGUAGUAGUAUUACAAGCGUUUGCCCACGGCUUCCCUUGCAUGAAUUUUUUCAUUUGGUGUGGAUUUACCCUUUAAAAUGUACUGUGGGGGUCAUUCCGAGUUGUUCGCUCGCAAGCUGCUUUUAACAGCUUUGCACACGCUAAGCCGCCGCCUACUGGGAGUGAAUCUUAGCUUAGCAAAAUUGCGAACGAAAGAUUAGCAGAAUUGCGAAUAGACACUUCUUAGCAGUUUCUGAGUAGCUCCACACUUACUCUGCCACUGCGAUCAGUUCAGUCAGUUUCGUUCCUGGUUUGACGUCACAAACACUCCCAGCGUUCGCCCAGACACUCCUCCGUUUCUCCAGCCACUCCCGCGUUUUUCCCAGAAACGGUAGCGUUUUUUCACACACACCCAUAAAACGGCCUGUUUCCGCCCAGAAACACCCACUUCAUGUCAAUCACAUUACGAUCACCAGAACGAAGAAAAAACCUCGUAAUGCCGUGAGUAAAAUUCCUAACUGCAUAGCAAAUUUACUUGGCGCAGUCGCACUGCGGACAUUGCGCAUUAACGACUAUUCGCUCCGUUGCGACAAAAAAAUAACGAGCGAACCACUCGGAAUGACCCCCUGUGGACGCUGCAGAUGUCAUAGUUGCCUGAUGGUGUCACAACUAUUUUUCGAGAUAAUUAGGGAAAUGUUCUGUAUUUAAAAUGUUACAGGAUCUGGUGACACUAUUGUCUGAUUAGGAGCACUUUCUGUCUUCGGCCCAUUGUCUUACUCUUGUACCGUUUCACACCAUGGGGGGGGGGGAUAUGUACUAAGCCUUGGAAAGAGAUAAAGUGGAGAGUGAUAAAGUACCAACCAAUCAGCUCCUAACUGCCAUGUUACAGGCUAGGUUUGGCUGGUACUUUAUCUCCGUCCACUCUAUCCUUCUCCAAGGCUCGGUGCAUUUGACUCCAUAUGCGUACGUUGAUACAUACUACUUCCAUAAUAUUUAUGGUUAUUUUUAUAGAUUGUUGGAAUGAUUUAAAUUGUGCGUCUUUUUUUUGCUCUUUGAAGUUGUGGAUUGUAGAGAAUCUUUCUCCUCUGCGGCCAUUAGGUGGAAAUGGAAUAGAGGAAUUUCUUCUAUUACAACAAACCGCAAUCACACGUUUAAUGCCGUGACUUUGUUUUAUUAUGGAUGUUCUAUACUGUAUAAAUAAAGAUAAUCCCUACAUAAUA